AUGACUGUGCCAAUCUUUGCAAACUGUGUGUUCUUUCUUAAAGUGAAACAUUUACCUAUUCAGGAGAAGAAUAGACUGAGAACAUGCAUUAAAGAAAAUGGUGGAAUAAUUUAUUUUGUGCUAAAUCAUGAGUGUACACAUGUCAUUGUGGAUAAUGUUGCUGUACUCAGCUCUUAUCAUCUGAAAACUAUUGAGAAGUAUCGACUCCCCAUUGUAAGUGCUGAUUUUGUGUGGAAAUCAGCUGAAGAAGGAAAACUUUUACAGAUUGAUGACUAUGAGUCUAGUAAAUCAUUGGAUGGUAGUUCUGAUCAAAAGCCAAGCCAUUACGGUGAGAAAAACCACUCAUCUUCUGAGCAUAACAUUAAGGAGAAACAGGAUGCCACUGAGAAGAAUGAAAACUGUGGCCCUGAUCCCACUCCCUUGGAAGUCAGUGAGAGCUCCGUUGGGCCCAAUAUGGAGAGCAUCAGAUUUUAUACAGAAAAUGAUCAAGAUAUUCCUUAUUUUCCACAAGAUUUUGAAGUUGCAAAAUAUGAUGCCCUUGAAAAAAUUAGUACUGAGAAAGGCAAACAAGUUGUAGUUAUUGAAUUGCAGUGUUCCCAGGAAUCGUGUGAGUUUCCCUUUCGAAUAUCUGCACACUUCAGCAUGUCAGAUGGAUUCAAGAGUAAAAAACAGUUCAUUGCAACUAAGACUUCUGAAGAAGUAAGAGAAAAUUAUGAGAUUUAUGUUGAAGAUUUGAAGAACCAGGAUUUUCUAUUAAGAGAAACCUUUCCACCUGGUGCAGACUAUUUAGCCUCUAUGAAAUUACAAGAGCUACUUCUAGAGGAAGCCAUAAAUUCAAGCACUUUAUCCCAAGAAAUUAGUGCUUUUGUGGAACUGAUCUGGGCAGAAGCACUUGGUCAUUUGGACCAUUUACUACUUGAACCAGUAAACAACAUCAGCCUAAAUGAUGUGAGCAAAGGGGAAGGUAUUCUACUUCAAAUAAAGAAUGCAAUGAAUGAGGGAACAGCAGCAAAGGCACUGAAAGCGAUGAUGAUGGAGUUCUAUCGAAUUAUACGUCACAAAAAUGGAAUAGACUAUAAUAUUACCAAAAGACUGUUAUCUAGCAAACAGGACCUCUGUCAGCUAAUCAGAGACAUGCUUAAUGUUUGCGAAACAAGUAUGUCAAGCCCUAACCCACCAUCUCUUGCUAAAUACCGGGCUUUAAGAUGCAAGAUACAAGCUAUCAAUCCAAACAGUGAAGAAUUUCUCAAUGUUAAACAGCAGGUGUUGAAAAAUAAUCACAGUGACUGUCCAGUGAAAGUUUUACAAAUAUACAGAGUUGGCAGAAUAAGUGAAACAGCAGAGUUUCUGAGCAAUCUUGGGAAUGUUCAAUCCUUAUUCCAUGCAUCAUCUGUGCGCAACUUCGUUGGAAUUCUCUCCCGAGGUCUCCUUUUACCAAAGAUAGUGGUUGAAGAUCAUGGCAUGGAAAGAACUGAUAUUGGGAAGCUCGGGAGUGGCAUUUAUUUCAGUGAUUCUAUCAGUACAAGCACUAAGUAUUCUCCACCAAGUGAAAUGGAUGGAACUCGACUGUUGGCUGUGUGUAAUGUGGCACUUGGAACCUGCUUGGAUUUGUAUAAAAAAGAUUUGUCAUUAACUAAUGCGCCAGCAGGAUAUGACAGCGUGCAUGGAGUCCGUAAAAGAGCAAACAUCUAUUCAGAUUUUGAGGAUGAUGAAUAUGUUGUAUACAAAACCUGUCAGGUUAAAAUGAGAUACAUUGUUAAGUUUUGCCUUGCUGGAGACCAAGUAAAGCAGUUUCAGCCUGGAAUUGAGACAGAAUUAGAGCAAGAUCGGCCAGCGACCUCACAUUGUCAUUUACAACCCGAAGACUAUGCAUUACCAAGUGUAAAUCUUUUAAACCAUGUAAAAACUGGUCUUCAGGACACAUCUGGAAACCCAGUCCCUCUUGAAGAUAUUCAUAUCAAGGGGAGGAUAAUAGACUUCAUAGCACAGAUAGUAGUGUUUCAGACAUACACCAAUCAGAAUGAUAAUUCCAUUGAGGCAAAAUAUGUCUUUCCUUUGGAUGGCACAGCGGCUGUAUGUGGAUUUGAGGCUUUCAUCAAUGGGAAACAUAUUGUUGGAAAGGUUAAAGAAAAGGAACAAGCACAUAAGGAAUAUAGAGAAGCAAUCAGUCGAGGUGAUGGAGCUUACUUGAUGGACCAGGAUGCCCCAGAUGUUUUUACUGUAAGUGUUGGAAACUUACCACCUAAAACUACAGUUCUUAUCAAAGUCACCUACAUCACUGAGCUUAGUUUUCAGAACGGCUGUAUUACUUUUCAAAUGCCUGCUGCUGUGGCUCCUUGGCAACAAGACAAAGCCUUAAAUGAAAACACACAGGAUACAGUAAAGAAGGUUUGUGUUAAACAAAUAGGAACAAAAAAGGGUGGAUUCUGUGUGGCCAUGUCUAUUGAAAUGCCAUACAGCAUUGAACGCAUUCAUAGUUGGACGCACACACUUAAAAUAAAGAAAACAGACUGCAAAGCCGUAAUCAGGACUGUGGAGAAUAGUUCCUUGGACAUCUGUGGCUUUGCUCUAGAAAUCUGGAUUUCUCAAGUAUAUCUACCCAGAAUGUGGGUAGAGAAGCAUCCAAACAAAGAGAGUGAGGCAUGCAUGCUUGUAUUUCAACCAAAGUUUGAAACAAGGUUUAAAGGAAUCCAGCUGUCCGGAGAAAUUAUUAUUUGUCUAGAUUGCUCCAAUUCCAUGGAGGGUUCAACACUGCAACAAGCAAAGCAGAUUGCUCUCCAUGCUCUACAAAUGUCUUGUUUUGGACAGAGAGUGAAUGUUAUCAGAUUUGGCACGAAUUUUACAGAAUUUUCUUCAUAUUCAAAGAAUAUCAAAAGUGAUCUUGCAGCAGUGAAGGAGUUUAUUAUAUCUGCUACACCAACAAUGGGAAAUACUGACUUAUGGAAAACCUUACGUUAUUUGAAUUUGUUGUAUCCUUCUCAAAGAGACCGUAACAUUCUUCUUCUAUCCGAUGGACACAUUCAGAAUGAGAGCAUGACCUUCCAAAUUGUGAAAGAGAAUGUCAGACACACCAGGUUAUUUACAUGUGGUGUUGGUUCCACAGCAAAUCAUCACAUGCUGAGAUCUUUGUCUCAAUAUGGCGCUGGAGCAUAUGAAUAUUUUGAUCCAAAAUCGAAGUAUAACUGGCUAAAAAAGAUAGAAAGCCAGACAUCCAGAAUAUUUUCUCCAGGAUGCAGUUCUGUCUCUAUUAAAUGGCAACAGUUUGACUCAAAUGCACCAGAGCCAUUGCAGGCUCCUGCUCAAAUACAGUCUUUGUUUAACAAUGAAAGACUUCUUGUCUAUGGAUUUAUCCCACGUUGUACUCAGGCCACCUUAAAUGCACUAAUCAAUGACCAAGAAUUGCAAGCAAUGGUAUCAACCACUGAAUUACAGAAGACAACAGGAACACUUCUCCACAAACUCACAGCAAGAGCCCUCAUUAGGGAUUAUGAAGAUGGGAUACUUCAUGAAAAUGAAACAGAACAUGAGAUGAAGAAACAUACUUUGAAAGUCCUGAUUAUUAACCUCAGCCUGGAGAACUCCAUCAUAACCCAGUUUACAAGCUUUGUGGCAGUAGAAAAAAGGGAUGUUAAUGAAAUUCAGCAUGCUGGUCUUCCAAACAUUCUUGAACUUAUAGCUGAGGAAGAUAUAGACUUUUUACCCUACAUGGACUGGGAGCAUGAUACAUCUGGACAUGGAUACCUGUUUUCUAAUAGAGGAGUGGGAUUCGGCAGAUGUGAAUUGGCCUCUUACUCUGCUGCCGAACCAGGCGGUGCCCUGACCCCAGAGGAGACCGAAUCCAGGGAGGAGCUGCUGACGGCUAGCUACUUCGGAGAGACGGAUGACACCUACAGAGCCAAGGAUGCUAAUGAAGUUCAGCAUGCUGGUCUUCCAAACAUUCCUAUGGCUCCAGAACAUUUAGACAUUUUACCCUACAUGGACUGGGAGCAUGAUACAUCUGGAUAUGGAUACCUGUUUUCUAAUAGAGGAGUGGGUGAAUCGGUUCCUUUUCAUGAAGUAACUAGUGGUUUUUCUGACCACUUCCAAAUUGGAGGAGAUGAUAAGCUUAAAAGUCUCCAAUUUCAAAGUGACAAAGAACUUCCCUUGGUUGAACAGUGCAUCUUACCAGAUUCCAUAGGAUUCAGAAAGACUGCUGAAGUUGAAUAUGAUGCUGGUGCCACUGAAGUUGGACUAUUUGAAUCUAUCUCUGUGCCACCACUAAAAUUCGACCUGCAUAGUCAAUCACUUUUAAAAAUCAGACUUCCCACGCCUCCAGCUGGUCCGCCUUUUCCUCAACGUUCACAGGCUACUGGCAUUAAUUUUUCUUUUCAAGCUGCUUGCCCUCCUCCUUGCCCUCCUGAAUUCACUCAGGGGCUUUCUUCAUAUAUAAAGAGCUCAUUUACUCCUAUGGGCAGAACCCUGAAGAAGGCAAAUUUUGAAGCACAAGUUACUCCUGAAGUUCUUGCUUCACCAGCUAGGUUAAGACUAGGAUCACCAAUGGUACAUACUGCACCAAAGGGUAGAGAAAAACUUCAUCGUGAGCUCAGCAAGGAUCUUGUCUUAACAGCAAUGAGGAAAAAAAAGCUUGGUAAAACAUCAUCACAAAUGAGGAUUCAACGAAGUCGACCAAGUGCUGUAACCUGGACUCAGAUUUUUGAGCUCCAAAAUCAGGAUGGCUUUUGGAAUCUCAGCCCAGAACUUGGAGUUAUUUUGGAUCUUGAUGUGGAUUAUUUAACCAAUAUUUUCCUUGCAAAAAGAGGCAUUUGGUCCCUAGGUCCUAAAGGAAGAGAAGUAUUGCAGUUGAUUGCUACACUUUUGGUGCUGCAGUUCAUACGUUAUAAUCAGCAACUGGAAGGGAUAACCUUCAAAUCUCUAAUGAAACUGGAUGAUUCGCCCACUUCAAGUGCUAUUCACUGGGCUUUUGCUUCAGUAAAGAAAGCAGUGGAAUGGGUAAGAAGAAUUGACAGACAAUUUCCAGCCAUCUGCCAUCGACUUGAACUUGGGAAGGAUUGGGACUCUGCCACUAAGAAGUUGUUGGGUAUCGAGUUAAUCAGCACCAACUUUCCUCCAAGUAUUUAA